AUGACGUCUGCGAGCAGGCUAUUCUACCUCACCAUUUUUACGCUCUGGGCAUCGCCUGGAACUUGCGCCGCAGGGAGUGAUGCCGAUUAUACAGUACGUUGUUCCUUGGGUGCGAUUUGCUCCGCUGGCCGAGGCGUUUCUAACAGCGCCGUUUUGCAUAUUUCCCCAAAGUCCAUUGUUCAAGAUGCUUGCGCCUCAUGUUCAACUCUCGAGGAGCUCAAUCAACGGGUGAAGCCUGCGCUUGACGACCUCACGCAAACGACCGACUUCUUCUCCUACUACCGCCUGAAUCUGUUCAACAAAAAGUGUCCUUUCUGGAACGACGAGAAUGGGUUCUGCGGCAACAUAGGAUGUGCCGUCGAGACGGUCGACAACGAAGAGGACAUUCCCGAGGUGUGGAGAGCCAAGGAACUGUCAAAGUUGGAGGGACCUCGUGCCAAGCACCCUGGCAAGCAGGAGCGCAAGGAGCACCUCCAAAGACCCUUGCAUGGGGAACUGGGAGACGACGUGGGUGAAAGCUGCGUGGUCGAGUACGACGACGAAUGCGAUGAACGAGAUUACUGUGUCCUCGAAGACGAGGGCGCCUCGUUCAAAGGCGACUACGUGAGCUUGCUCCGAAAUCCAGAACGCUUUACCGGAUAUGGUGGGGAGGGCGCCAAACAGGUGUGGGAUGCCAUCUAUCGAGAAAAUUGCUUCCAGAGGAGUUCGUUCUCGCAAUCGGCAAACCUCGGCCAGUCUCUCAACUACAACGCGGCGGCCCAGGACUUCAAGCACGUCAUGGAUGCCGCAGGACGGCAAGCCCAGCUCGAGGCGCAACGUCUGCAGCAUCCCGACACGCCUUUCGUAGCCAGCACCGGAUACGAGGCCGACGACGACUGCCUGGAGAAGAGGGUCUUUUACCGCGUCAUAUCCGGCAUGCACGCGAGCAUCAGCACCCAUCUUUGCUGGGACUUUCUGAACCAGACCACCGGACAAUGGCAGCCCAACCUGCAGUGCUACAAGGAUCGUCUGCAUGCACACCCCGACCGGAUCAGCAACCUCUACUUCAACUACGCGCUCGUCACCCGGGCUGUUGCCAAGCUCGGCCCAGAGCUGGCGGGACCCGAGUACGUCUUCUGCACGGGCGACCCGGCCGAGGACCUGGCCACCCGCGUCAAGGUGUCCGAGGUGGCGAAGCAGGCCGGCAGCAUCCCUCAGAUUUUCGACGAGAGCCUCAUGUUUGUCAACGGCGAGUGCCCGUCCCUCAAGGAGGACUUCCGCAACCGGUUCCGCAACGUCAGCAGGCUCAUGGACUGCGUCGGCUGCGACAAGUGCAGGCUCUGGGGCAAGAUCCAGACCAACGGAUACGGCACCGCGCUCAAGAUACUCUUCGAGAUGGACAACCACAGCAACAAGAUCCCCGUGCUCAAGAGGACCGAGCUCGUCGCCCUCUUCAACACCUACGCAAGGCUGGCCUCGUCCAUGCAAGCCAUUGGCAAGUUCAGGCAGAUGAUGGAAGCGGCCAGCGAGCCCGUUGCGCCCAAAGACGGGAAGCCCAAGGAGGCCCCGGGCGAGACGCACGACUCCUCCGACUCCUACUCCGACCCAACCCACCACUGGCGCCUGCUCGAAGACAUGAAGCGGCGCGGCGCCAAGAGCGAUUCGUUCCGAGACCAGUGGGCGCACGAGACUGCGCUCAUCAAGCAGUCUCUCAAGGUAGUCCUCCACGGCUGGCUGCACGGCUCCAUCCUCCUAUACCGCAUCGCAGUGGUCGAAGCGCACCGCCUCUGGCUGUACUUCCUCGGCUUGCAGCCAGGGCCGGGCCUGGUGGAAUAUAGAUGGGCUCCCAAGGACAAGAAGAAGGAGCUGUGA